CUGAAAAAGAUCUUGUGGUGUGUUAGGUGAAAUAUUUAUGCGUCAGCGUGCAUUUUUUGCCUGAAGAUAAAACAGGUCAUGUAAUUAGCAAUCAGCCAUAUCAAGAUGGCCUCUCUUUUGACUCUGAAACUGUCAAAACUUGCCAAGGCAGUGGCUGAAAACCUACCUAAAGUUAGUGAUGCUGGUGCAGCGGCAUUAUCCGGUAUCCCCAUCAGGAAAUCUUCUCCAGUGUCCUUCAGAGACUUCAUCAGAAGAAUAUCACUCUGUGGGUGUCAGGAUGAAAUUGAGCUGACAAUCCAGGCCGAGUUGGCCAGUAUGGAGCAGCUGCUGGCACUGCCCUCGGCCGAGUGCACGGUGCGCGCUCAGGCACUCAGUGUGGCCGUCUACUGUCACCUGCUCGGCUAUGACGUGCGCUUCAUCUGCAUCCAUGCCAUCACUCUGGCGCAGCAAGGCUCACUGCUGCAAAAGCGAAUGGGCUACCUGGCCGUGUCGCUGCUGCUGAGGCCCACCGACGAGUUGGCCGUGCUGCUGGUCAACACUGUGCUGGGCGACUUACGUAGCGGCGACGUGCUGGUCCUCUGCACCGGCCUCAACAUGGUCUGCCACCUGGUUACGGCCGACAACGCCGCCACCUUCCUGCCGGCCGUGCUCAGCAAGCUCAAACACCGCCAGGCGGUGGUGCGGGACAAGGCGACGCGCGCGCUGCACAGUCUGCUGCUGUGCUCGCCGGAGCUGUUGCCCGGCCAGCUGGAGGCUGUGGAGACGGCGCUGCUGGACCGAGACCCGCUCGUCAUGGCGUCGGCCGUCCAGCUGUGCCUCACGUUCGCUGCACUGAACCCGGCUAUGUUCGCCCACCUGACCACCAGCCUGAUGACGAUCCUGGGCCAGGUCCAGAGCCGCAAGCUGCCGCCCGACUUCGAGCACAGGGGCGUGCCGGCGCCCUGGCUGCAGUGCUCGCUUAUCCGGCUCAUCUCGUACCUGUGCCCGGACGACUCGGGCUUGGCCGACACUUUCGCCCAGUUCCUGCUGUCCUCAGCUGAUGGCCGGCGUCCCCAGCACCGCUAUGGGCUUUGCCAUCCUGUGUGA